CUAACACUGUAAUUGUGACAUAUUUUGUAAAAGGUUUCUGCUAUUGUAAAAGUUGAACUUCAUAACGGUAAACUUAUGCAACAUUGUCAUCAUGGAUCUGAUGGAACGAAAAUUUAAACACAAAAAAAGUAGAUGUUGCCGUUUUGGUUUUUUGUGUAGAAAACGUGCAGAAGAAAACAUUGAAAUAUUACACAAUCGAUCGCUUGAAGCAAGGACUGCAAACGAGACAAAUGCAGUAAAAUCAGAAGACACCUCAGUCAAUCAACCUGUUGUAUUUGGAAGCAAUCACCAAAUUACCGACACCAACGAAUAUAUAGGUCAGAUUAAUGGUUUUAGUCGUGAAGGAGAUGUAGAAAUAAAUCAAAUUUCUUCAGUAAAGCAAACAGAUCUAAUAAUGUUAGAAGAUGCCUUAGACCAACACUUGGGAAACAAUGAACAACAAGACAAAGAAAAAAAUAAAACAUUUCCGGAAAAGCAUAUAGAUCCAAAAAGGCCAGAAGAUGCUUCGAACAAACAACCUGAUAUAUCAUAUGGAGACGAUCAACAAAUUGAGGAUGACGUUAGUAAAAUAGACGAAGAAAAUAGUAAAACUUGUCCUGAAGAGCAGAUAGAUCCAAAAAGGCCAGAAGAUGCUUCCAACGAACAACUUGAUAUAUUAUGUGGAGACAAUCAACAAACUGAGGAUGAUGUUAGUGAAGAAAAUGGAGCAAAAAACAAAACUUGUCCGGAAAAGAUUUUUCGGAAGAAAACAGGAACAACUGAUAAGGGUAGGCAAUACGAAGAUAUGAUUACCGCUAAUGUCGCACUAAAAAUGAUACCACAAAGACCAAGAGUAGGAGGUUCGCGGACGACACUGCCUUCUGGACCACCCACUGCUCCCCCACCUGAGCCAUCACCAUCAUCCAGAAACCCCUCCACCGCUUCGAAGAAUGGGCCAACAACUGGAGAAUUUCCCCCAAUCCCAAAAAAUCACAAUCAACACUAAUCUUUUACCCGCGUGCUACCACCAAAUAACCCGCUUUCACCCGCAAUAACCUCACGCUUCAUAAUCAACCCAUCCCCAAAUCUAAAUCUAUAAAAUACCUCGGUACCACCUUUUCUCACACAUGUUCCCAGCUCGCAAAUCUCGAACUCACCGCACACAUCCGUGGCUGCAACCCAAAAACCCUCCUGCAUCCCUACAACUCUUUCAUCUGACUCAUCAUAGAAUACCGAGCCCCUCUCUAAGCGUCUCCCCCUCAACGAGAUCUAAAUAGAAUAAUUGCAUGCAAACGUAAAAUUCUUCGUAAAAGUUUCGGACUUGACUACAGAUACCCCUCUUUGCAUGUCCACUCUGUCACUAAUUACACUAUUCCUAUCGCUUCCAGACUAACUGAACUUCAGAAAAAAUAUAUCCAACGCAAAAAAUAUAUUCAACUCCACUAACACUAUAGUCAUCCCAACCCUUCAUACUUUGCAUAAAUACUGAACCGUAGACAACCAUCUUCUACACCACGUCCCUAAAAGACCAAAAAACAAAUGCAAACACCCUACCACCGCUUUGCUAACAAAACUCUAAACUGACCUCGACGCAGCCCUCCAGUCCAUUGACCAAGAGACUCCCUUCUCUUUGAGAUGACUUUCAGCCCUAAGACCCGACGCCCCGACGACAACCACCCACAAAAACCCUAACCCGGCGCAACAGACGACCAAAAACAACGACGAUGACCCAGACUCCUGGACUCGAGUCCUCGACAUCCACCCACACAAACCCGGACCGAACACAACGACUGAAGAACUAACUACCUACUGCUUUUUUAUUGUAUAUAUUGUAAAAUUUAAUUAUGUGACAAAUCCCCUAGUGCUCCUAGUGCUGAAAAGGCCCUAAGCCUCAGCAGCACCCCAUAAUGUUCGCACUGUAAAUAUCUGAAGUCUACCUGCAAAUCCAAAAAGUCAAUAAAAUGUAUUUAAAUCUGAAUCUACUGAAGAAUGUGAAAGUUUGCAGACCAACUUAAA